ACUCACAGCAGCUGCGCCACUCAAACUCCACUCAGGAGUUUCAGAUGACAUCAUGAGUUACCGCGGUGAUGUGGGUGGAGACUUCAGUGAGGAUGCACCUCGUCCUCCAGUGCCGGGUGAGGAGGGCCGUGAGGGCGGGCUCUUCUCCGGUAAGCCUGCAUCUCAUUGGUCGAAGUCUCUGCCAGCCGCAACGUGCCGGUCUAAAGCGGAUCUGGGGUUUGAGCCCGAGGGCAGCGCGUCACCGGGCGGCCCGUACGAGCCCUGGGCAGAGACGCUGCUCACGCUGCUGGACGACCGCGACGGCACGGCCUUGUUCCUGCACUUCCUGCGGACGCUGGGCUGCUCCGCGCUGCUGGAGUUCUGGUUCGCCUGCAGCGGCUUUCAGAAGGUCCCUGAGGAUGCGACGGAGCGGCGGCUCAAACUGGCCAAAGCCAUGUACCGCUGCUACCUGUGCGACGGUGUCGUGUCCCGCAGGAUCGCGGCUGAGACCAGGUGCGGCAUACGGGACGCCAUUCAGCAGCUGCAGCUCGACUCCAGCCUGUUUGCGCAGGCACAUGCACAGGUGCAGGCGGUGUUACAGGACAGUCUGUUCCCGCUGUUCCUCCGCUCAGACGUGUAUCUGAAACACACUCAGACUGGCGAACCGGCGCCUGGGACUCGGUUACCUGCAUACCAGACCACGCCUUCUCAGGGGGAGGAGCUUGAGAAAGAGACACACCCUCCCCACAACGCAGCCAAUCAGAAGCGUGCAGGUGAUCAGGAGUGCAGGCCGCGGCGUCACGCGUGUCAUCGACACCACCGAACACGAGACACGAGACACACACACCUGCCACGCACUCCGGUGAAGAUGACGACACACACGUUUGCAGCUGAACUGAUGAGACGUUUGCAGGAGCUGCAGACACAAACUCAAACUCGAAUCCCUCCAGCGCUGACACGCGCAGAAGAAGAAACAGACACCAGUGCCACUACGGCAUCCUCAUCAUGCUGUUCGCUAAAGAUACCGGACAGCGGCUGUGAUACGCAGCGUGACAUCAGCACACGGCAGGACACGCGUGACGUUAACGUGAAGAGCGUCGUGACGAGUCCUGCACACACACACCGGUGUGUGACGGUGGUGUACUGUUACGGUGGAGACGUGAUCCCGUACCGGACGUGUGUUCAGGGCGUCUCCGCUGUGACUCUCGGUCUGUUCAAGUCUCUGUUGACGCACAAAGGGCCGUUCAGGUUUUUCUUCAAGAGAGCAAGUGCUGAGUUUGACUGCGGUGCUGUUUAUGAGGAGAUACGAGAGGACGACGCCGUCCUGCCCAUGUUUGACCGGAAAAUCUUAGCGAGAGUGGAGAGAAUGACUGAAUGAAUAAAUCUGUCACUUCAAAACAGUGACUGUGAACAUCUGAACACAAGCGUUGUUCUGUACAAACUCUGUUUAAUGUGAAUAUGAGGCUGAGUUUAGAAUCACAGUGAAGAGUUUGAAGUGUUUGCUGCUUUUGAAUG